AUGAAUUUUGUUUACAUUUUCAGCAUGAAAACAAGAUCCAAUGACGCCAUAGUAACCUUUAAAGACAUCUGCUUAACCUUGAAAGAUAAGGUUAUUCUUAAUAAUGUCAAUGGCAGAGCUAGAAGCGGACAGAUACUGGCCAUUAUGGGCCCUACAGGAUCAGGAAAAACCUCUCUCCUUAAUAUUUUGGCUGGAAAUGUUUCACUGACGUCAGGGUCAAUAGAUAUGAAUGGAAACCCUUUCACAAAGUUGCAGCGGCGAAAGCAGGCGUAUAUUUUACAGAAUGAUUUAUUUCUGUCGAGGCUCACGCUGAGGGAAACACUUUACUUCACCGCCAUGAUUCGACUUCCCGAUCACGUGUCAAAGACGAAUAAGAUGGCGCGAAUAGAAGAAAUUGUCGACGCGCUUCACCUGAGAAAAUGUUUGGAUACGACCAUGGGUGACUCCAUGCAUAAAGGACUGAGUGGCGGAGAAAAGAAGCGGGCUAGCAUAGCAUGUGAGCUGCUGACCGAUCCCGACAUUAUGUUAAUAGAUGAACCAACUUCCGGUUUGGACUCGAGUACCGCCUAUGUCUUGAUGGAGGAGCUCCGGGACUUUGCCUCCCAGUAUAACAAAAUGAUUCUGACCACCAUCCACCAACCUUCUAAUCAGAUUUUUCACAUGUUCUCGUCUCUUACAUUGCUCGUGAACGGAAAAACUGCUUAUUUUGGUGACGCUCAAACAGCCUUGCAGUACUUCAGUGACCUCGGGUUGACCUUCCCUGACCACUUCAAUACCGCUGAUGUUCUAUUGGAACUGGUUACUACCACCACGGAUGUCGUGAAUAAAAUUCUUGAAGAGUCGGAUAAAAGAAAAAUUGAAACAGAUGAUAGUGGGUUCUACGAUGGAAAAACUCUACACGCUGAUGAAGCCGACACGCACGGUGUGGUGCAGUCCAAUCUGAAUGGAAACGUCCUAAAAACACCGACAAGCAAUGAAGUUGUUUGUUUAGGGUAUCAUAAAAGGGAUCCUACAGGAAUUGUGCUUGAUGUUUCGUCACUGCAACACAUGGCUAUAACCUCUCCGGCACGCUCCUUGAACCGAAAGUGGGGAAUCUCGUUUUGGACGCAAUUUCGGAUGUUGUGCUGGCGGAAUGUCAAACAGUCAAGAUCGCGGGUUUUUGAUGAAUGUAUAAUUGCACAUGCGCUGAUCUUUGGUUGCGUGUUCAGUGUUAUAUAUUACCAGAUGACACACUCCCUCGACACCUUUCAUGACCGGAUGGGAGCGGUGUUCUUGCCUUUGGUGAUUUGGGGAUUUCACAUGAUAUUCGAGCCCACGAUCAGUUUUAUGGAGGAGCUAGAAGUGGUCAGGAAAGAGCGGAAAUCCGGCGCUUACCGCCUCUCUGCCUACUACACUGCCAAGAUGGUCAGCGGACUGCCCAUGAGCAUUGUACUUCCAGUAGCACAACUCACUGCGAUGUUCUGGUUUGUGGGGUUUGGUGGUCCGAUCGAAUGCGUCAUGUAUGUGGGACUGAACCUCCUGAGCUGUUUUACAUUACAGAGUUUAGGGUACAUCGUUGGCGCCUUUGUCCAAAAUGUUAAAUACAGUUUUGCUGUCGUAAACACCACAAUGGUGAUAUUCAUUCUACUAGGGGGAUUUUUCAACACGUCCUUUCCAACAUGGUUCAGCUGGGCUAAGUAUCUGUCCAUUCUCCAUUAUCCGUUCGCCGCCAUUGUGACUUUGUUGUUCGGGGACAUCGAGCCAUUCCGAUGUGGAAAUUCCGAAAUCUAUCUCAAUUGCAAAAAUGAAACACAGAUCAUCACCGGAAGUGACGUGUUAAACAAUGUUGGAAUUGACCUACCUGUUUAUUGUUGUAUUGGGACUCUGGUUGCCUUGGUAAUACCUUUACGUGUGCUUGGGUAUUAUGUCAUUAAAUAUAAAUUGUAUAACAUGCUCUUCUAG